UUCCACCUUGGUCUGUCAUCACCAUUUCGUCAUGACAGUGCCAUGAUAUAAACGGAUUCGAGUGGAUUAUAAACAUCAAAAUCAGGAAGUUGUGGAAUAUUAUUUUUUGUGCUUUGUGUGUCAGUUCGUGUAUAUAUUUUAUAAUUUAGAGAAAUUAAAGUUAUUUCUGUAUCAUGGGUUGUGAUGGUGGUACUAUACCGCGUAGAGAUGAACUGGUGCGAGUAAAAAAGAAGCCUGAGCAGAAAGACAAAGAGGCAGAAUUGGCAUUCAGAUGGAGACAUUGCUCUAUCAGACAGUCACCUUUACAAACUCCUAUCGUAGCCUGCGCUUUGGGUCGUCUUUAUUCGAAAGAAUCAGUCUUGGAAGGACUUCUGGAUCGGUCAACACUUCCCGAGUCAGCAGGUCACAUUAAAAAUCUUAAAGAUGUAAAAACUUUGAAUCUUACGCCAAAUCCGGAAUUCGACGGCGAAAAGGUCGAGAAAGGUGACUGCUACGUCGAUGGAGCAAAAAGUCCUUAUAUUUGCCCUAUUAUUGGUUUGGAAAUGAACGGGAAAUACAAAUUUUGCUUCGUCUGGAGCUGCGGCUGUGUAAUGAGCGAAAGAGCUCUCAAAGAAAUUAAAACUAGUGCCUGCCACAAGUGUCAAAAACCCUUUGGCGACAAUGAUAUUAUUAUACUGAAUGCAGUUGGUGACGAUCUAAAAAAACUGGAAGAGAAGUUAGCUCUUCGAAAAGCUGAGAAAAAAGCAACAAAAAAGAAGAUUAAACAAGAAACAACUUCCGGUGAUACCGAACAAGUCGAGAUUCCAAAGAAAAAAAUUAAGAAAGAAGAGCAACCUUCUUGCUCGAAACAGGCCAAUCAAGUUCAAGAUAUGGCGUAUAACAAAACCACGAAAGAUUAUAGUGUGGCUAAAGAUCCAAAGGCCUCAGAAGUAUUCAAAAGUAUUUUUUCAUCUCACCAAUCAGCAGCUGAUCAAACCAGAGCACAUUGGGUCACAUAUAAUCCAUUUUAUAAUUAAGACAGACAAAAUAUACUAUAUAUUGAAUGAAAAAUCACUUAAUUUAAUCACUUUUGAUCACAUUUUGUUGGCUAAAAUGAAACCUUUGGUGCAAUUAACUUUCAAUUUUUAUUUUCUGUUUUCGUGAUUUCAAAAAAAUAAAUGUAGGAUAUUUUACUUAAAAAUCACAUCACCAUUAAUCAUUUAAACACUAUUUACAAGUUAAUUUAGACUAAUGCUGGGUAAGGAAAACGACUAUAUUAAUUUAUAAAUAUAUUUUAGUUGUAACAAAAGUAAUUAAAAAAUUUUUAGAGGCUAAUAGCACGAAAUAUGUUGUUAUCUUGAUUAGAGUUUUGUUCGUUCAUGCAACUAACAGGAAAAAUAUAACGUAGAUAAUUUUUCAGUCUAAAA